AUGAAUAUUUAAGCAUAUUCCGCGUUCAGCGCCCUUUGAUUGGACCUUCUGGCUCAGUUUCCUGUGUUAUGUUUUAGAGCCGAUUUUGAGGGCACUGCUCUCCCUGUAAAUUACCAUCCAGCUCGCAGCUUGAACACUGCUUAUGCUGUCAGUGUAGGACUCGGAUCUGUCUGCACAAUGGACGGAGGAGGACACCGCUGAGGAGCCGCAUCCACGCUUUCCGAUGCCUAUCGGGAAUAUCAUCUGUUAACUUGGAUUUUGUCCUCUGGCUUUACCUUGAAAAAGUAGACUUUUUGACUCGGUUUUAACUUCACUGAGGUUCGCAGAAAUAUUGGAUCGCGAGGAAUACGAGAGAGAAGACUAUUGUGUUGAAGGCAGAGGAUGGGGAGCCGGGGGCACUACCGGUACCACUGGCAGAGCCACAAUGUCAAACACAGCGGAGUGGAUGACAUGGUGCUGCUCAGCAAGAUCAAUGAGGACGCCAUCGUGGACAACCUCAAGAAGAGAUACAUGGAUGACUACAUCUUUACAUACAUUGGUCCUGUGCUCAUCUCCGUCAACCCGUUCAAGCAGAUGCCGUACUUUGGAGAAAAAGAAGUUGAGAUGUAUCAGGGGGCUGCUCAGUAUGAGAACCCUCCUCACAUUUACGCUCUGGCAGAUAAUAUGUACAGAAAUAUGAUGAUCGACCGUGAAAACCAGUGUGUCAUCAUCAGUGGAGAGAGCGGAGCAGGGAAGACUGUGGCGGCCAAAUAUAUCAUGGGCUACAUCUCCAAAGUGUCAGGGGGCGGACCCAGAGUACAGCACGUCAAAGACAUCAUCCUGCAGUCCAACCCGCUGCUAGAAGCUUUCGGUAAUGCGAAGACUGUGAGGAACAACAACUCCAGCAGAUUUGGGAAAUACUUUGAGAUCCAGUUCAGCUCCGGUGGUGAACCAGACGGAGGGAAAAUCUCCAACUUCCUUCUGGAGAAGUCACGUGUCGUCAUGAGGAAUCCUGGAGAGAGGAGUUUCCAUAUAUUCUAUCAGUUGAUAGAAGGAGCCAGUGGAGAGCAGAAGAGCAGCCUGGGGAUCACAAGCCUGGAUUACUACAGUUACCUCAAUCAGUCUGGCUCCUACAAAGUGGAUGACAUCAACGACAAAAGCGACUUCCAGGAGACAGUGCAUGCCAUGGAGGUGAUUGGCAUCUCAGCAGAGGACCGCUCCAUGGUGCUUCAGAUUGUGGCUGGAGUCCUGCACCUGGGAAACAUCAGUUUCAAGGAAGCAGGCAACUACGCUGCUGUGGAGAGUGAAGAGUUUCUAGCCUUUCCUGCGUUUUUGCUUGGAAUUGACCAGAACCGUCUGAAGGAGAAACUGACCAGCCGCAAGAUGGACAGCAAGUGGGGAAGUGCGCUGGAGUCUAUUGACGUGACACUGAAUGUGGAGCAAGCGUGUUACACACGUGAUGCCCUCUCCAAAGCCCUGCAUGCACGUGUGUUUGACUACCUGGUUGAGUCCAUCAACAAAGCCAUGGUGAAGGAUCAACAGGAGUUAAAUAUCGGAGUGUUGGACAUUUAUGGAUUUGAAAUUUUCCAAAAAAAUGGAUUCGAACAGUUCUGCAUCAACUUUGUGAAUGAGAAACUCCAGCAGAUAUUCAUCGAGCUGACUCUAAAGGCAGAGCAGGAGGAGUAUGUGCAGGAGGGCAUCAAGUGGACUCCCAUUGAGUACUUCAACAACAAGAUCGUCUGUGAUCUCAUCGAGAGCAAAAGUCCCCCCGGCAUCAUGUGCAUCCUGGAUGAUGUGUGUGCCACCAUGCACGCUGUGGGUGAGGGAGCUGAUCAGACCAUGCUGCAGAAGCUGAGAGUCCAGAUCAACACUCACGAACACUUCAACAGCUGGAACCAAGGCUUCAUCAUCCACCACUACGCAGGCAAGGUGUCCUACGACGCAGAAGGAUUCUGUGAGAGGAACCGAGACGUCCUUUUCAACGACCUCAUUGAGUUGAUGCAGAGCAGUCAAAUCGCCUUCAUCAGAGCACUGUUUCCAGAAAACCUCAACGCUGAAAAGAAGGGUCGGCCCACAACUGCAGGCAGCAAAAUAAAGAGACAAGCCAAUGAUUUGGUGAGCACACUGAUGAAAUGUACUCCACACUACAUCCGUUGCAUCAAACCUAACGAAACCAAGAAGCCCAGAGACUGGGAAGAGAGUCGCGUAAAGCAUCAGGUGGAGUACCUGGGUCUGAAGGAAAACAUCAGGGUAAGGCGUGCUGGUUACGCCUACCGCAGAGUUUUCAAGAAGUUCCUCAACAGGUAUGCCAUCCUGACCAAAGAGUCCUGGCCAACAUGGCGAGGAGAUGAGAAACAAGGCGUCCUUCAUCUCUUACGGUCUGUAAACAUGGACCAGGAUCAGUUCCAGCUUGGUCGCACCAAGAUCUUCGUUAAGGCCCCCGAGUCGCUCUUUCUGCUGGAAGAGACAAGGGAGCGCAAGUUUGAUGGCUUCGCCAGGACCAUCCAGAGAGCCUGGAGGAAAUACCAGGCCCGCAAGAAGUAUGUCCAGAUGAGAGAAGAAGCUUCUGACCUGCUGUUGAACCGCAAGGAGAGGCGGCGACACAGCCUCAACAGAAACUUUAUAGGUGACUACCUGGGUAUGGACGACAGGCCUGAGCUGCGACAGUUUCUGGCUAAGAGAGAAAAAAUCGACUUCGCCGACAAAGUCACAAAAUAUGACCGCCGGUUCAAGGGAAUUAAGAGGGACUUGAUCCUGACCCCUAAAUCUGUGUACCUGAUUGGAAGAGAAAAGGUGAAACAGGGACCAGAGAAAGGGCAGGUGACAGAGGUGGUGAAGAGGCGGAUUGAUGUGGAGAAGAUCUUGGCGGUGUCUCUCAGUACAAUGCAGGAUGAUUUCUUGAUCCUGCAUGAGCAGGAGUACGACAGCCUGCUGGAGUGUGUCUUUAAGACGGAGUUCAUCAGCUUGUUGGCCCGCAGGUUUGAGGAGAAAACCCAGAGGAAGCUACCACUCAAGUUUAGUAACACACUGGAGAUGAAGUUGAAGAAGGAGAACUGGGGCUUUUUGAGUGGAGGCGGUUCCCGGCAGGUCAUGUUUAUCCAGGGUCAGGGAGACAUGCCUGUACUGAAGCCCUCGAGCAAAUCUCUGCAGGUCAGCGUUGGCCUCGGGCUUCCCAAGAACACACGUCCCACCAGGAAGAGCUUCACUCAGAGCCGCUCCAGCGUGUCCAGAACUCACCAGAACACCCCUUCCCGCGCUGCACCGGGACCUCCAGUUGCUCACCAGAACGGUGGAGUGAAAAAUAUUAACCAUGUAGCCAAUCAGAGGAACGCUCAGCAUCACAACCAGAAGAAUCCCUCAUCCAGCAACGCGACGCGCCCCUUCCUGCCCAGCAACAUCAACCAGCUGAACGAGCGAGGCAGCAACCGGCCGCAGCCAAACCUGGAUUGUCUGAGAGUCCCUGACCAAGGAGCUGCUGGUAAUGGAGACAGACGACCAGCUUCAAAUGGAGGAAUGGCCCACAGACCGUCAGCCACCAGGCCUCCACCAGGAGGAGGACGACCCAAACCCGCACCCAAACCCAAACCGCAGGUGCCCCAGUGCAAAGCCUUGUACGCCUACGACGCUCAGGACACAGACGAGCUCAGCUUCAAUGCUGAUGACGUUAUUGACAUAAUCAAAGAGGAUGCAUCUGGAUGGUGGACAGGACGACUUCGUGGAAAGCAGGGACUUUUCCCCAACAACUACGUCACCAAGAUCUAGAAGCCGCGGAUUUACAGCACGAGGAGGAGAGUCUGCUGCGUCCCUGCUGACCCUCUCAGAGGAUGGGAUGGUGCUUAUAGUCAGAGAGUGAAGCGCUGUGAGAUUUUUUGAGGAGAAAAAGCUCACACUUCCUCCACUACUGCCUUUGUAGUAAAUGAAUGUAACUCUCUGUUACACCAGACCAAAAGACAGUCAAGACAAGAAGACUGUUUGACCCCGGGGUCUGUUUUCCUCCACAGUCCCUCUGAGUACUGAACAAAAACUAUUUAUUGUAUUUAUAGCUUUUCUGUGUCCUCCUUACUGUCAUUUUCACCUUGCUGAGAGGUUUUUUUCGAGCGCAAACACUUUGAAGCGUUGGAAUGAAGUAUGCUUAAUCUGUGGGACGAGGUUGCGAUUUUAAUCUCCACUCGUCGUUUUUUAGAUGAAGGUUUGAUUGCUGAAGCGAAGGCGGUUGCCGGUGCCAGUGUCACCGGCUCGUUGUUGGAAACUGAAGUUGUUUUUACCAGGAAUAUUUAUUUGGAUGCAAAACUGUCACUGCUUACAGGGAACAGACAUUCAGUAAUUAAUCACACUGUGAUUUUUACAUGAUUUUAAAUACCAAAGCAAUGCAUUUUAAUCAGUCUGUGCGGUCAAGUGGUGAAUCACCUGGAAAACCACCUUCAUCUCUAGUUUUUUUUGUUUUGUUUUUCUAUCACACCAGUAUAUUUUAGACACAGAAAAGAGGCCAUGUAUACUGUAACCUGAGCAUGCUGUCUGUGGUGUAUUAGCACUUUAUUGGUACAGGUACUACCUUAGACACAGACACCGUCACUUGCUCAUCAUGCCACAGCCAGUAAGUCAAGUCUAUGAAGGACAGAUUGCCAAGCUAGCAAUAAGCCUAGUUACUGAGGAGACUAAUUUGUUUACAUGAAACGAUAAAACAGGCAUUUUUAGAUCUGAUUCUGUAUAUGUGUUCAUAUGUAGGAGUACGCCUGUUGCUGAUUUAAAUUAAUUGUUUUGUAUUUUUUCUGAAGGAUCUUAGUAUUCUUUUUUUUCUCUCUCUCUCACUCUCUCUGCUUUCGAUACUCACAGGGCUGCUUUAUUUCCCGUUCAGCGACACGUAGAUAAUUAUCACAGAAUAGGGUGAAUGGAUUUUUGUUUUGUCAAGCGCAAAAGUGGUUUUAGGUGAAAGAUAUUUGUUGGCAUUUUUCCGUGGCACUACAAAGAAUUCCUUUUGCUUUGGCUCAACUGUUCCUGCACAUCUUUUGCACUGCUGUUGCAUUACUUACACAUUCCUUUGUAUUUUUUUUAAAUCAAAUAACCACAUUAUGCUCUAGUCAGUAAGAACUGCUGGGACUUCUGUCGUAGAUCCUCUGCAUCAUCAAAUAUAGUUUGAUCUUGGAUGGUUGAAAAGCAUCCUUGUGCAAUACAAAACAGUAGAUGAGUCUUUUAAUAAAGUAUGUAAUAUUGUAAAUUUAACUGCUUUAUUUUGUUUUAUUAUAAGAGGAACCAUUAAAUGACCAAUGAUCAAGCAGGUGUUUUAUGUUUAUUACCUGACAUUCACAUGCCAUCACAGAUAACUUUGAUCAAACUGCACUUAACAGAUGUUUAAUUAAGUCAUCUAACUGUUCAAAUAUAAUUUUGUUAAAGCCAAUUGUUUGUUUUAAAGAGUAAUGUGCUGCAGAGUUUCCCUUCAUUAUUGUCUAAAUGAUGUUUUAUAUGAGCUUUCUCCACUCUGUAAAGAAUAACAUGAAGAAAUUACAGAAUUGUAUUUGCAUUUCUUAAUUUUCUUCCUUAUAAUAAUCAAAAAAUGUCAGUAUCAGCCUUAAAAAUUCCAUUGUGUGCAACUUUAAAUAGUAAAAAAAAUAAACUUCUGGUUGAUAACAUUCCUAAGAAAAACAAAAAUACAAAGGACAUGCCUUCAGUGUCUUCAGUGGUAACUACAGAUCUGUUUAUUUUCAAUAAACACAAGCUUUUUACAUUUUGACAUGCUACAGUAGGAAACGCACAGGUGUAAAUGAUAAAAUUAAAUGUCACAGAGUCAUGACUCACUGGGAUUCUUUUAGUAGAACAGAGACAUUGUUAUUGUGAACACCUGCACUUUCCCUACUGGACUAGUCAGCUUGUCGGCUGUGAAAACAGUCUGUUCUGAAGCAACAGCCCUUUGGAUUAUUAAUCCUGGAAACUAGAACAUUUGGUUAUGUCAAGUACAUCGCCUCUCUCUGUGCAUGCUGAGGAGACGAUGAUGCUCUUUAAAGGCCACACAGGAACGACUUUGUCUAUCUUUGGGACAAUUUCCAGGCAAUGCCACAUUUUGACUGUCCUUCCAGAUCCCGUCCCACUAGAAGUCAUACUACAAGUGAAGAGACACCUUACUAGCUAGCUGUGAUGACCCCUGCUGUCAUCUUUGGUUCGCUGUGUGAUUCACCUGUCUGUCUGCCCUGUCUCAGUCUACAGGCGGUCAUUAGCGCAACCGGGAACACCUGGAGCUCAUGGUGUUCCCGGGUUUAUAAAGCCUGGCUGCAGCUGGCAGCUCCUUCUGCCUCACUGCCUCUCUGACACUCGGCUGCCUCGCUGCUGCAGCUCUUUUUCUCCUCUCCCUACAGGCACCUGUUUGUUUUGGUUAUAUUGCUGCUUUGUUCCUUGCUUUUGCUUUCAUGCACCUUACAAUACUCACGCAUACACACACACACACACACACACACACACACUCUCCACUCAUGCAUCACAUACACAACUGAUACCACUGAUUUCUGCACUCCAUGCUGUAAAUAUUUAGUUAACUCUUUGUUUUGGUUUAAUUUGGGUAAAUAAACGUAUCUUUUGUUGAAACUUUAA